AUGAUUUCAUGGAGGCCUCGGUUACAAUACCUCAAAUGUAAAAGGAGACCAAGCUAUACAAACGGAGACAAGGGCAAGGCCAAAAUAACAAAGAUGAGCACCGAUUCGACAACUCCAGUCGAAGAAUGGCUCACUGUCGGCAGGCUGGAUGCCUCAUUAGCACUCCUGACAACAAAAAAUCACCACGUAAUUGAAUUUCCAACUAUGCUUCUGCCGGAUAACGUUAAAGCUGGAUCCAUCGUCAGGAUCCAAGUCUCUGAAGAUCAUGAUCUGGAACAGCAGGAGUUUGAAAAGUUCCAAUCACUUCAAAAUGAGAUCUUAGAGAAAUACGGAACUCGAAGACCCCAGAGUCCGGUGUUGAAAAGUAUUAACGUCACACAAACCAGUGGUGUUUUGGGAUGGGAGCCCAUAGAGUUAGGCUCUGCCCAGCUGAAGUCACUAGUCCUUUAUAAAGACGGAGUACGGUCUUUAAUGAUACCCAAUCCCUUCAAAACUACCGCCACUAAGAUCUCGGGGCUAUCCGUGGACAGCCAGUAUACGUUUCAGCUCAAAUUGAGCACAACUUCAGGAGACCUCUGGUCAGAUAAAGUUGUCCUUCAAACGCAUAAGAUGACCGAUAUGUCGGGGAUAACUGCAUGUUUGGGUGCACUUGAAGGCAUCGAAGGGAUUACAAAAAGACAUAUCGAGUCGAGUCUGCAAAACAUUGGGGCGAAACCUUUACAGUCGCAUGUAACUAUCGACACGACGCAUUUCAUUACAAAUGACAAUGACAACGAAGAUGCUGAACUUCAAAAGGCAAAGCAGAGUAACAUUCCGGUGGUAAGGCCCGAGUGGGUCCGCGCCUGCGAACUUGAAAGACGAAUUGUUGGUGUUCGUGGCUUCUAUCUGGACGCCGAUGCCAGCAAUUUGGAAAGCUAUAAAUUUUUGAAGCUCCCUUCUUUGAACGAAGCAGCAAAUGGGGAAAAUAAGGUGAAAGAACCUCCAGAGAUUUCUCGUGAAGCGAACACACCGGCCCCUAGUAUUGGGGCUCAGGGUAGCUUAUCCGCAGUUUCGACUGGAAUUUCAAAUACAGCAGUAAAAAGCGAUGCUGAAGUAAUUUCUGCGGUUCCCUCUGCGACAGUAGAACAACCACAAAUAGCUGAAGAACCGGAAGCUUCCAACAUAGUUGAGAAACUUGAAGACGUGCCCCAAGAGGCAGGCGAUCCAGCCAGCGACGGCAACAGUCCUACGUUAACCUCUGAAAUCCCCAACACCGAAGACGUUGCGGGAGACGAACAAUUGAACGAGACGCAAGAAACUGUUUCGCUAACUCAACAGCCAGCAAUCCAGGAAACUGCGGUGGACUCUGCGGUGGACGUUGGUGGAACUCCAGAAGUAGAAGAGCCUAUCGUGGAUCAAAAAGAAGAAGCUAGCGCUUCUGAGCCCGAUAUCGUCCCAGACUCGAACGGACGGGAGGUGCCUCUCCAAAUAAAUAGUUCGGAAACCAUCACAACACCGGAGGGGAGUAGCACAGCCCACAAGGUCGAAGUGGCUGAAGAUAUACUAUCCACCAAUAGUGCCACCGCUAAUGCUGCUGAAGAUGUGGUGCCGACGAAUACCGACCCUGUUGAUCCAUCCUCUACGGCAGAGCCAUCGGAGAAGAACGAGGAAAGCGACCAUGCCGAAGAAACUGCUCAGACUGAAGGUUUGGGCCCAACAGAUAAAGCGAAUGAAACCCCAGAAUCUCUGGAGAAAGAUUUGAUCGCGGAAGUUUCCGAAAUGCAUGAUCUACCAUUACAGGCCGAAUCCCCCAAGGCUGUGCCAGCGGAGACGGACACGCUUCCAGAGAACCCUCAAGAGGCUGUGAAUGACGAAGCAAAUGAAAAUGAAGUUGAUGAUGACGAUGACGAUGAAAAGGCGAUUGAGAGCACACCAGAGGCUGGAGAGUCGACGAUCCCGGACACCACAAAUGGCAACACUCCUAGCAGUUCGAAGAAGAAGAAAAAGAAGAGUAAGAAGAAAAAUAAGAAGUAA